AUGGCUGAAACUAAUCAAGAACAAUUGAACACCUACAAGGCUGUUUCCAUCAUCACUUUGAUUCUUUCCAUUUAUGGAGGAUUAAAAUACUCGGGAGUUCCAGAAAAACACUACACCCCAUACUCUGGUAGUGACAUUUUGUUGACUAUUUACUGGGGGGUAUUGUACCUUUGGCAAAUCUUGUACACUGUCCAGACUUUUUUCCCAGAUGAAUACCGUUUGCUGAUUGUGCAAUUGAUUGGGUGGCAUUUCCCAAUUUUCAACGUAUUACACUAUGUUUGGGCUGAAUUGUUUACUUCUGGUCACUACUUCUGGAGUGAAAUCAUUGUUAUUGUUAACUUGUUCAACAUUUUGGGAUUGUAUUUCAGUCACAAGACUUUUACAUUGAGACCAGUGUCCAAUUGGUUGUUGAUCCAUACUCCAUUGGUUGCAUUGCCAUUCUCCUGGUUGUUGUAUGCACUUUUCUGGAAUGGGGCUGUUUGGUUGCACAUCCACAAGACCUGGGGUAGAAUUCUUGCCAAUGUCUUCAUUUGGGAUUUCUUGCUUGUACCAGGAUUGUUUUUGUUGAUUUUCAAUGAUUGGGCUAUUGGUUUUAGUACCUCUUAUCUUAUCUUUGCCUUGGCUUUUGGACAAUUGGCAACUAAAGUUUUUGCUUUGCAAUGGAUUUUCGCUUUUGUUAUUGCCGGUAUCUUGGUUGUUUGGAGUGCUGGUUCCGCUAUUGUUGGUGGUGUUAGACAAGCUAGUGGUGAGUCUGCUCCAUUAUUGGUUGUUGAAGAGGAAAGAGUUGGUGGAAAUUGA